CAGCCUCAAGGACUCAUGUUUCCUACUCGCUUCUCAAAUUGUUUUAGUGGUGUGAAACAGCAACUGUUCAGUAAUUUAUUAAACUCUGGAAAUAUAAACAAGAGCGAGACACAUAAGAGACACACUGGCAUCAGGAUUUUCAUCAGAUCACUUCAGCAGAACUCUGACCAUGAGCUGGAACGUCUACGUCCUCCUCCUCCUGGCUCCCCCGUUGAUCAGCUGCACGCCCCUCCUCCUCCCGCUUGACUGCAGUGACAUCUAUCACCAUGACAACAGCACACCCAGCGGAGUGUACACCAUCUAUCCCAUCGGAUCCACGUCUGCUGUCCAGGUGUUCUGUGACAUGGAUUCAUUGGGAGGACGGUGGACAGUGUUCCAGAGGAGGAUGGAUGGCACGGUGAACUUCUACAGGGGCUGGGAUCACUACAAGGUGGGCUUUGGUAGCGCUGCUGGAGAGUACUGGCUCGGUCUUGAGGCUCUCUUCCACCUGACUCUGAGGAAAAAGUACGAGCUGCUGGUCGACAUGGAGGACUUCAGUGGGAACAAAGUGUUCGCUCGUUACUCCUCGUUCGCCAUCGACCCAGAGUCCUACGGAUACACACUGCAUGUUUCUGGCUUCACUGAUGGAGGAGCAGGAGAUUCCCUGAGUUUUCACAACGGACAAAAGUUCACGACCUUUGACAAAGACCAGGACCACUAUCCAGGGAACUGUGCAAAAGUUGACCUGGGUGCGUUUUGGCACAACAACUGUCAUAGAACCAAUCCAAAUGGGGUUUAUCGUUGGGGGGCUGAUGACACUAUCGAAUGGGCCGCAGUGAUCUGGUACCAUUGGAAGGGUAAAAACUACUCCCUGAAGACCAUCAGCAUGAAGAUCCGUCCUGUACAGUAGUUGCCCAUGUUGGCAACUUCAUUAUCUGACAGCACAACUCAUACAAAAAACAUAUUAAAAAGAAUAAAAUCUCCUUAAGAUCAGCCAGUCAGCAUUGAUGUUACCUUCAGUAAACACUAUCUGCAUUAAAGUCAAACUAACUCCCCUGAACACAAUGUUUUAUGGAUGUGUGAAACCCUGAUGUGAUCAUUAUCUGCAGUAAACUGAAAAUAAAUGAGAAGCUGAGCAGAAAGCUGAUGUCCUCUGAUGUCUUC